ACCCAAAGCUCUCCUUCUCCCAGAAUCCUUCUCCACCACUUCUACUACUCUUCCUUUAUUUCAGCAAUUCCAGUUCGUUUUUUGUUGUUAAUAUGGCUCAAUUUGGGGCAGUUUUGGCUCUUAUUGCAUUGUUUGUCGUUGGAUCUGCUUUAGCUCAGUCUCCUUCAGCUGCGCCGGCCCUUUCACCGUCCAGAUCUGUUGCUUCCCCUGUCCAGGCGCCUACGGUGGCGGUUCCCGUCCCAACGCCGUCGAGAUCUACAGUGCCGACCGUCGCUCCAACUCUCGCUCCUUCAUCUUCACCGCAGGUCAGCUCUCCUGCUCCGGCCGUGGCCCCUCCAACCGUGUCCCCCACUGCCUCACCACCUGUCAGCCCGCCGGCUCCAACCGUAGCACCAACCACUUCACCUGUUGCUUCACCGCCGGUACAAACCGUUUCACCAACCUUGGCCCCAUCUGCUUCACCGCCGGUUACCCCUGUGGCUGCUCCUUCCGUGGCGCCUGCUUCUGAUUCACCUGUUGCUUCCCCGCCGGCUCCUCCCAGCAUCAGCGGUUCACCGGCGUCUUCGCCUAACGGCGGUAUGAGUCCAGCCGGCGCCCCCGAGACCGCUGCUAGCAGUGCCGUUAUGAACAGAGUCGGAUUUGCCGGCGCCGCUUUGGCCGCUGCGGCAUUGCUGUUUUGAGUCAACUGAUUUGGCUGUGCUUUUCCGUUUUAUUUUCUAUUUUUGAAAUUAUUUCCGUGUUUAUCAUAGUUAGCGAUAGAAUCGGUAGAUACCUCUGGAUUAUUACUACGAUUAUUGAUUUAUUUAUUGAUUAUUGCGACUUUUUUUGUUACUAUAUGAUCGGCUUAUUUGUUAAGCAUUGUUUCUCCUAUAAUUCUUUUCAAUAAUAAUAUGUUGUUAUUAAAGACGAAUAUUUAAUUUAAUUAAAGAGAGUAUAAAACGGCAACUGAGUUAAGGUAAAA